AUGUCUCAGCAAAAAGUUUUAACAAGUUUUGCGAAGCCGGAAAAAUAUUAUGAAAGUGAAACAAGAAGCAGCAUAAUCAGCCAAACUUUAAGUUGGAUGUCUAAAGAUAUCCAAAGUAGUUUUGUGCCACCUCCACCUAGACCGCCUUAUCUUGAGCAACUUGUAAGCGAUGGUUUGACAACUUGUGACUUGUGUGGAUGGGCAUGGAGUAAGAAAAAGUUUUUUUCUCUUGAAGGAUAUGGAGAACAAAAUCACAAUGAUUACAUGUGGAUUUUUCUUUUAAUCGUUGUGACAUUUUCUUCUGCCUUGAUUGGUGCCAUUAUAAUGGUGACAGCAAUAAAAUAUCGCAGAUCAAACGUUUUAAGAGUCACAAAGAGCUACUCAGAAAAGAAAGAUUUUGGAUCUGAUCAGAAUUUUAGUGAGACUAAAAAUCCAACUAAUGUUGACAUAAAAUAUGUUGAGAAUGACGAUAAUUUUUACUCAACUUUAGAUGACCAAGAUUCGAUUAAUUCUGAGAAGCACAACAUGGCAAAGUAUAAUCGGAAAAAUUGCGAUUCUGGUAAAAAGUUCGAGAAUGAGAUGCCAUCAGCACCAGCAAGCAGCAGCAGUGCAUAUUAUUCUAAUCUAUCAAACCCCGAUAAGCAAUAUGAAUGCAUUGAUUCUUUUGCAACAUAUUUAAAGUCCGAUUUCAAUACAUGUAGCGGUGGCAACUCUUUCAUUACCUUGAAUACCAAUGUCAUAAUGAACCGACUGUCUGCUAUCAGUGAGAAUAAUUUCUCUAAUCAACACCGUGAUGUCAGCUCGGAAUAUGUUUAA